AUCAGUUGUACACAUUUUGCAUUAAUUCGAACAAACAUUACACUGGAUACGUGCAUUGCUCGUGAAAGCAUGGGAAUAAGUAUAUUUUUAUGGGCUAUGGUGGCAAUUGCACAUGCUGCAACUCACGAUGUAAUUCCAGUUCCUAGAAAAGAUGUUCCUGUUAUCAACUCAUUUAGCAAGGUGGUGAACGGACAGGCAGCGAACCAUGCCCAAUUUCCGUGGCAAGUAUCAAUCCGGGCUACCCUUAGCCAUUCGGUAACCGUCUGUGGUGGCUCGCUUAUCGCACCACAAUGGGUUCUAACGGCUGCUCAUUGCGCCAAAGAUUAUACUGCGUUUCAAAUAGGAUUUGGCUCUAUAUAUCUCAAUGUUCCCCGUCUUACCAUGUCGACCGUGACGAAAGUUGUUCAUCCCGGGUUUGAUCCAGUCAGGCUAAAUAAUGAUCUUGCCGUUAUAAAGCUCCCUUCGCCUGUACCGUUCAGCAAUGAAAUUCAACCUGUACAAUUACCACCCGUUUCUUACGCUACAAAAACGUUCCAAAAUGUUUUAGGACGGGUUUCUGGCUUUGGUAGAACCUCCGAUGCAAUCCAAUCCAUUUCAAGCACAUUAAAAUUUGAAAAUAUGCGAAUAAUUUCGAAUACAGAAUGCGCCACUGUCUAUGGGACGUCUGUUAUCCAGAACUCUACUAUGUGUGCUCUUGGCUGGGAUCAAACGAACCAAAAUGUUUGUCAAGGAGAUUCUGGUGGCCCACUAGUUGUAAAUGAUAAUGGAGUAUACAUUCAAAUAGGGAUCGUGUCGUUUGUCUCGAACCGUGGUUGCAGUACUGGUGAUCCAUCAGGAUACAUCCGAACAGCUUCAUAUCUCUAUUGGAUAGCUGAACAGACCGGUGUUAAUCUUCGGAAUUAGAUUCCAUGCAGCUGAACUACACAUCUUAAAUAAAUAAAUAAAC